GUGGAAGAGGAAACCAGCUCUGAUCGUUUAAAUGCUGGGCAAAUUACUCUAGCUGGUUUUUUCAAACUGUAGCAAGACAGAAAGGCACAAGAUGACUACCUACACGGAUAAAGGUGAAAAGCAUGAGCAGGGCAGGUUCAUCUGCUUUGACCACAUCACAUUCUGGGUUGGAAAUGCCAAACAGGCAGCAUCCUACUACUGCAACAAGCUUGGGUUUGAACCUGUGGCGUAUCAGGGUUUGGAGACAGGUAACCGGGAUGUGGUGUCUCACGUGGUGAAGCAAGGCAAGAUCCUGUAUGUGUUCUCCUCUGCCCUCAACCCUGGGAACAAAGAAAUGGGAGAGCACCUGGUGAAACAUGGUGACGGAGCCAAAGACAUCGCAUUUACGGUGGAGAACUGUGAUUUCCUUGUACAGAAAGCCAGAGAGAGGGGUGCCAUCAUUGUGAAAGAGCCAUAUGUACUCGAGGACAAAUUUGGGAAAGUAAAGCUGGCUGUUCUCCAAACGUAUGGUGACACUACACACACAUUUGUGGAGCGAACAGGGUACAAGGGUCAGUUUCUCCCAGGGUUUCAACCCCCUUUACACCUGGACCCCUUGUUGGAAAAGCUCCCGCGUGGACACCUCGACUUUAUUGAUCAUGUUGUUGGGAACCAGCCAGAUGAUGAGAUGGUGCCUGUGGUGGAAUGGUAUAGGAGGAACCUCAUGUUCCAUCGGUUCUGGUCUGUGGAUGACAAGCAGCUGCAGACAGACUUCAGCGCUCUGCGCUCCAUCGUCGUGGCCAACUACGAAGAGUCGGUGAAGAUGCCCAUCAACGAGCCGGCCAUGGGCAAGCGCAAGUCCCAGAUCCAGGAGUAUGUGGAGUAUUACGGGGGCCCAGGUGUCCAGCACAUUGCCAUGAACACAUCAAACAUCAUCACUGCAAUCCGUAAUCUGAAGGAGAGAGGGAUGGAGUUCAUGACUGUUCCGGACACAUACUACCUGCAACUGAGAGAGAAUCUCAAACGUUCCAAAGUUAAGGUCACAGAGGAUCUGGAAAUUCUGGAGGAGCUGAAGAUUUUAGUGGACUACGAUGACGGUGGCUACCUGCUCCAGAUCUUCACCAAGCCGGUGCAGGACCGGCCCACCGUGUUCCUGGAAGUGAUCCAGAGACACAACCACCAGGGUUUUGGAGCCGGCAAUUUCAAGGCCCUUUUUGAGGCCAUCGAGGCAGACCAGAACGCCAGGGGAAACUUGACUAUCCUGACCCCUAAUGGAGUUAGCAAGAACAUCUGAAGCCAGCACCGACACUUCACCUGUUACUUAUCUCCUGCACACUAUAUAACAAAUUUAACUGUCCCACAUUGGCUAUUUAUACUCAACCUUGAUGCCUGUUAACAUUGCUUUAAAGAUCUAUGCUGUAAACAUGACAAACAGUUCCUUGAGGAUGUGAGUUACAUAUGAAACAUAAUGCCUCAAUGCACAAUAUCAAUGCACAAUGUGAUUUAAUUGUUGCAUUAACCACAAAAAAAGUCCAAACAUGAA